AACUUCAAGAAGUAGUCAUUGACCAAGUCAGUCGAUUCCCCUACCUCGACGGAACAACAGUAUAUCAAGAGUGCGGUACCACCUCAACUACUCUCAGGUUUAUAGUUUUUUAAAUCCUCGAGGUAUAUUCGUGAAUCUGUGCACCAAACCUAUUUUAUUAACAGUGGUGAAGUGUUAGUUCAAGGAUUUUUCUUCUACGAAAGAUUUUUUUUAUACAAUUUCUGUGAAAUUCCUAUCAAGGGGAAAGUAAAUGCAAUUAAUUUAUCUGUAAAAGGUCGUGGUUUUCCUACUCUUUAUAGUAUUUUCUUCUAAAGUUUAUACAUCAAAUGCCUCUUUGUGAUUGUCCGGUGGGCCCCCCUGUUGGGCCUACCUUGGCAUCAGCAUGUGGUGGGAGUGCUUUUAUGCUCUUCAUGGGACUCUUGGAGGUUUUUCUACGCUCACAAUGCGAUCUUGAGGAUCCGUGCAAUCGACCGAAAUCACGGGCAGCACCUGAUAUUGAAUAUGAUUUUAUAGUUGUGGGUGGUGGAUCGGGAGGUGCUGUUGUGGCAUCACGCCUUUCCGAAGUACCUCACUGGAAAGUUUUACUCAUUGAAGCCGGCGGAGAUGAACCGACCGGAACGCAAAUACCAUCCAUGUUCCUCAACUUUAUCGGUAGCGACAUCGAUUGGGCAUACAACACGGAACCGGAAAAGAAUGCAUGCCUCUCGUCGCCGGAGCAACGAUGUUAUUGGCCACGUGGGAAAGUCUUAGGUGGUACAUCAACAAUCAAUGGGAUGAUGUACAUCCGGGGAAAUCCGCAAGAUUAUGAUGAAUGGGAAUCACUGGGUAAUCUCGGCUGGGGCUAUGAUGAUGUACUUCCGUUCUUCCUCAAGUCUGAGGAUAAUCAGCAAAUGGAUGAGGUGGAUGGGAGGUACCACACAACAGGGGGUCCUCUUCCCGUCUCCAAAUUCCCCUAUCACCCACCAUUUUCCUAUGGAAUUCUCAAGGCAGGUCAAGAGUUAGGCUACAACGUUUGUGAUUUGAAUGGUGCUAAUACCACGGGAUUCAUGAUUGCCCAAAUGACCAGUAAGAAUGGUAUUAGAAUGAGUACAGCACGAUCAUUCCUUAGACCUGCAAGAGAUCGUCAUAAUUUGCAUAUAAUGUUGAAUACAACAGUAACUAAGGUUCUUGUGCAUCCAAUGUCGAAGAGCGCUCACGGUGUGGAAAUAAUUGAUAAAAUUGGACACACUCGGAAGAUACUUGUUAAGAAGGAGGUUAUCGUUAGUGGUGGGGCUGUAAAUUCCCCACAGAUUCUCAUGUUGAGCGGUAUUGGUCCCAAGGAGGAUUUAAUGAAGGUUGGUGUACGACCAAUUGUUGAUCUCCCAGGAGUUGGACGAAACCUCCACAAUCACGUAGCGUACUUCAUUAAUUUCUUCAUCAACGACUCUGACACAGCUGCACUCAACUGGGCUACAGCAAUGGAGUAUCUUCUAUUCCGCGAUGGCCUUAUGUCCGGUACGGGUAUUUCGGAUGUAACUGCAAAGAUCUCCAGUAGAUAUGCUGAGGGUCGCGAUAAUCCGGAUCUUCAAUUCUAUUUUGGUGGAUUCCUCGCAAAUUGUGCCAUGACGGGUCAGGUUGGUGAGCUCAGAUCAAAUGGCUCGCGAUCAAUUCAAAUUUUCCCAGCGGUAUUGCAUCCCAAGAGUCGCGGGUACAUCACCUUGGCCACCAAGGAUCCACUGGAUCAUCCAAGAAUUGUAGCGAAUUAUCUCACCGAAGAACAAGAUGUUAAGGUUCUAGUGGAAGGUAUUAAAUUUGCUAUUGCCCUAUCUGAAACCCCAUCUUUGAGAGCCUAUGGAAUGCAAUUGGAUCGUACACCUGUGCCAGCAUGUGCUAAUCUCGGCUUUGGCACUCAGCAAUAUUGGGAGUGUGCUGUGAAACAGAAUACAGGACCUGAAAAUCAUCAAGCUGGAUCAUGCAAAAUGGGUCCACUUCGAGAUCCCUACGCUGUGGUGGAUCAUGAAUUAAGGGUUCAUGGAGUUCGUGGUUUGAGGGUAAUCGACGCUUCAAUCAUGCCGAAAGUAACAUCUGGGAAUACAAAUGCUCCUGUUAUCAUGAUUGCCGAAAAGGGUGUCCACCUCAUUCGACGAGCAUGGGGUGCUCGCUAAGUAAUUUUCCUAUCAUCCCUCCUAUUGUAUGAUUUUUUUUUAAACACAAAUGAGAGAGACAAAACAUCUUGAGAUUAAGAUUGUAAUAGGAUGUUUCUUUGAGACAAUAAAUUUUGUUAGGAAACUUGA